UGGACCUCAGCUAAUGGUGGUGUUUCCAGUGUGGACGGGGUGGUUGGGGAGGAUGUCCUGGAAAAGCCCACCUAGUGGCUAGCGUGGGGACCUCUCCUGGAGGGACUGCCUCUCUGACUCUAAGCAGAGUCCUCUCCCUCCCUUCUAGCCUCCUACGUGAUCACAGACCUGACCCAGCUGCGGAAGAUCAAGUCCAUGGAGCGGGUGCAGGGUGUGAGCAUCACGCGGGAGCUGCUGUGGUGGUGGGGCAUGCGGCAGGCCACCGUCCAGCAACUUGUGGACCUCCUGUGCCACCUGGAGCUCUACCGGGCUGCCCAGAUCAUCCUGAACUGGAAACCAGUUCCUGAAAUCAGGUGUCCCAUUCCAGCCUUCCCUGACUGUGUGAAGCCAGAAAGGCCUUUGGCAGCUUCUGUAAGAAAGACUGAGGAUGAACAGGAAGAGGGGCAGCCUGUGAGGAUGGCCACCUUUCCAGGCCCAGGGUCCUCUCCAGCCAGAGCCCACCAACAGGCCUUUCUCCAGCCUCCUGAAGAAGAUGCUCCUCAUUCCUUGAGAACCAACCUCCCCACUUCUUCUGAUUCAAAGGACUUCAGCACCUCCAUUCCUAAGCAGGAAAAACUUUUGAGCUUGGCUGGAGACAGCCUUUUCUGGAGUGAGGCAGAUGUGGUCCAGGCAACUGAUGACUUCAGUCAAAACCACAAAAUCAGCCAAGGGACCUUUGCUGACGUCUACAGAGGGCACAGGCACGGGACGCCAUUCGUCUUCAAGAAGCUCAGAGAGACAGCCUGUUCAAGUCCAGGAUCAAUUGAAAGAUUCUUCCAGGCAGAGCUGCAGAUUUGUCUUAGAUGCUGCCACCCCAAUGUCUUACCUGUGCUGGGCUUCUGUGCUGCAAGACAGUUUCACAGCUUCAUCUACCCCUACAUGGCAAAUGGUUCCCUACAGGACAGACUGCAGGGUCAGGGUGGCUCUGACCCCCUCCUCUGGCCCCAGCGUGUCAGCAUCUGCUCAGGGCUGCUCUGUGCCAUCGAGUACCUGCAUGGUCUGGAGAUCAUCCACAGCAACGUCAAGAGCUCUAAUGUCUUGCUGGACCAAAAUCUCACCCCCAAGCUUGCUCACCCAAUGGCUCACCUGUGUCCUGUCAACAAAAGGUCAAAAUACACCGUGAUGAAGACUCACCUGUUCCAGGCGUCAGUUGCGUAUCUGCCAGAGGAUUUCAUCCGGGUGGGGCAGCUGACGAAGCGAGUGGACAUCUUCAGCUGUGGAAUAGUGUUGGCCGAGGUCCUCACGGGCAUCCCUGCAAUGGAUAACAACCGAAGCCCGGUUUACCUGAAGGAUUUACUCCUCAGUGAAAUUCCAAGCAGCACCGCCUCGCUCUGCUCCAGGAAGACGGGCGUGGAGAACGUGAUGGCAAAGGAGAUCUGCCAGAAGUACCUGGAGAAGGGUGCAGGGAGGCUUCCGGAGGACUGCGCCAAGGCCCUGGCCACGGCCGCCUGCCUGUGCCUGCGGAAGCGUAACAUCAGUCUGCAGGAGGUGCGUGGCUCUGUGGCUGUUGUGGAAGAGCGGCUCCGAGGUUGGGAGACGUUGCUCCCUUGGAGUGGGCUUUCUGAGGGUGCAGGCUCUUCUUCCAACACCCCAGAGGAAACAGACGACGUUGACAAUUCCAACCUUGAUGCCUCCUCCUCCGCGAGUGUGGCACCCUGGGCGGGGCCUGCCACCUCACUUCUCCCCACAGAGAAUGGCGAAGGAAGGCUGCGGGUCAUCAUGGGAAGGGAGGCCGACUCCUCCUCUGAGGCCUGCGUUGGCCCGGAGCCUCCCAAGGAUGCUACAGAGACUUCAUGGCAAAUUGAGAUCAAUGAGGCCAAAAGGAAACUGAUGGAGAAUAUUCUGCUCUACAAAGAGGAGAAACUGGACAGCAUUGAGCUCUUUGGCCCCUGAUGACUGGAACGCAGCUGAGGACCCUUGUCCUCAGUUGGAACGAUGAGCAUCAGAUCAAGAAAAAGGUCUGAGGCAGAAUCCAAGAUCUACCAGGAAACACGCAACAAAACAUCGGCUCUCAUGGGUGGGAGGGAAACUUCAUUUCACCGGAAUGAGUUGGGAGAGAAGGGCCCUCAGCUUUCAGAGACACAAAAAUCCAUGAAAUCUCUUCUUUUCUGGGCUUUGUUAGUCAGAGCAGGGGAUCAGAGGAGACUGAGGCAGAAACCCUGUACAUGGGCCCAGGAUGUGGUUGAUUUUGUGGUUCCGGGGAGUGUGUCAUGAUAACCACCCCAGCAGAUUCCAUUACCUCAGCAGCUCUUGUCCCCCCACCACUGGCAGUUCUGCAAUGCCAUAGCAUUUUCCAGAGCUAAGAUCUCUGGAUCGUAUUUGCUGACAGCCUGCAAGCUUGCAUGCUCUGAAAGACUUUUUUAGUUUUUAUUUUUAUUUUUUUGUAAAGAUGGGGUCUCGCUACGUUGUCCAGGCUGGUCUUAAAGUCCUGGGCUCAAGCAAUCCUUCCACCUCAGACUCCCAAAGUGCUGGAAUUACAGUUGGGAGCCACCGCGCCUGGCCUGAAAGACUCUCAACUUGUGUCUCAGUGGAGUUCUUGACUCACCUCUCUGGGUCUCAGGCUCUACAAAUGUCAGACACCUGGCGAAGAGGUCUGCAGGCUUUCCACUGCCUGUAUUAGAAGUCUUGCAACUCACAUAUUUAUUCAUUCGCUGUCUGGCACCUUUAUCUUCCCAUCCCACUAAUGUUAGUGUUUUUUAAUGGAGCUUUUAUUUUGAGAAUAUGAGAAUUUGUAAAAAAAAAAAAACAAAAAACAAAAAACAAAACCCCACAUAUUCUCAAAAUAAAAGCUCCAUUAAAAAAUACUGUCACCUGGGUCACUCUGUCACCCAGGCUGGAGUGCAGUGGCAUGAUCUCAGCUCACUGCAACCUCUGCCUCUCAGGUUCAAGCAAUUCUCCUGCCUCAGCCUCCCGAGUAGAUGGGACUAUAGGCACUUGCCACUACGCCUGGCUAAUUUUUGUAUUUUUAGUAGAGACAGGGUUUCACCAUAUUGGCCAUAUUGGCUGGUCUCGAACUACUGACCUCGUGAUCCGCCUGCCUUGGCCUAUCAAAGUGUUGGGAUUACAGGUUUGAGCCACCAUGCCCGGCUGAGAAUAUGUGUUACUUAUGGCUGGAUGAUGAAGAAUCAGGAGAAUGCAUUUCAUGUCUGAUUCUGCUGCUAAUUAAGUCAAUCAUUUAAUUUUUGGGACCUCAGUUUCUCUGUAAGUAAGAUAACACCUGCUUGUUCUUCAUCACUGGGCUGUUGGGAGGAACAGAUGAGACAGUGGCUAUAGAAGCACUUGGAAAAUGCACUUGUCCUGUUUUAUAAAAUAAAUAAAAAAGGUAUUAAAUUUAUAUUUCUGCCAUGUGCCUAAUGAUUAUUCAGUGAGUAUAUAUCUGAAAAGGCAUGUUGCAAAUAUUUUUGUGAAACAGAUGCUAUUUUAAAUUCACUGGGAGAAAUGUCCUAUUUAAAGUAAUUCUAUAGUAAUUUCUUUUUAUAUAAUAAAAAUACGUUUGUAAAAUCAA